CGCGCCGCCGCCUGAGGGAGGAGGAGGAGGAGGGCGGAGGGAGCGGCCGCGGCCCGGCCCGGCCCCGCCGCCGCCACCGGGACCCCCCCCAGCCCCGCCGCCGCCGCCCCCCGGCCCGCGCCAUGGCCGUGCCCGGCGCGAUCCGCUCCGCCACGGCCGCAGCUCUAGGCUGACCCCUGCUGCCUUGCCACCCCCCCCGGGCCCCCACCAUGGAGAACGAGCAGCUCCCUGCGCCGCCCCCCUCCAGCAGCGCUGGCGGCCCCCCCGCGCCCCCCACCAGCGCCGGCCCCGCGCGGCCCCCGGCCCCCCAGAUCUCCGUCUACAGCGGCAUCCCUGACCGCCAGACCGUGCAGGUGAUCCAGCAAGCGCUGCACCGGCAGCCCAGCACGGCGGCGCAGUACCUGCAGCAGAUGUACGCGGCGCAGCAGCAGCACCUCAUGCUGCAGACGGCCGCGCUCCAGCAGCAGCACCUCACCAGCGCCCAGCUCCAGAGCCUGGCGGCCGUGCAGCAGGCCAGCCUGGCAGCCAACAGGCAGAGCGGCACCUCGGGGGGCACCGCGGCCCAACCAGCGCCGGCACAGCAACAGCCCACGAUCAACCUGGCGCCGGCCCCGGCGGCGGCGCAGCUGCUGAACCGGGCGCAGAGCGUGGCGCCGGGCGCCUCGGGCAUCGCGCAGCAGGCCGUGCUGCUGGGCAACGCCGCCUCGCCCGCCCUCACCGCCAGCCAGGCACAGAUGUACCUGCGGGCACAGAUGCUCAUCUUCACCCCCACGGGCCCCGUCAGCGCCGUCCGCCCCGAGAGCCCUGCGCCCGCCCCGCCGCCGGCCCCACCGCCUGCCCCCCCACCCGCUGCCCCCCAGGUGCACAGCCUGGCCCUGCGUCCCGCCGGCCCCCACCUCCCUGCCCUGGCCAUGAAGCCCCCUGGCGCCCCCCCACCCCGGGCUGGCCCCCCCCGUGGGCCCCCUCCUGACCCCCCAGCCGAGCACCUCAAAAAGGGGGAGGGGCCUGAGGCCCGUGCCCACCCCCUGGCCCGCCCCACGGCCCCCAACGCCGCCCACCCACUCGUCACCCCAGCCUACGCCCCGCUGCAGCCCCCCCAGUUCCUGCAGCAGCCGCCGAAGCCGAUGCAGCCGCAGCCGCAGCAGUUCGUCAUCCAGCAGCAGCAGCAGCAGCAGUUGGCACCCCGCGGGCAGCCGCCCCCGGGCCCCCCUGCCACCCCCCAACUCCAGCCCCUGCCCCCUGCCAGCCCCGGCCCCACCCCCCAACCCAAAACGGGGCUUCCUCAAGGAGCAGGGGGUGAGGGUGGCCCCCCCAACGGCCACCCCGGCUGCCACCCUGCCCCCCGCAAGUUCCAGCACGCCUCUGCCGUCAUCCUGCAGCUGCAGCCCACCGCUGCCACGCCCCCGCUCGCGGUCCCCGAGGGCGCCCGCCGGGAUCCACCGCCCGCCCCGAGGAGCGCCGACAGCCCACCCACAGCCCCGCCGGCACCGGCCCCUGCCCGCUCGCCGCCCGCCGCUCCUCCGGGCCCCGGCACCCCCGACUGCGAGCGGCCGCCCGCCCACGAGCCGCCCGCCGACCGCCUUCAUGCGCAGCCCCAGCCCCUGGCCAGCGUUCCCGGCAUGACCUCGGGCAGCGGGAGCUCUGCCUCCACCCUCGCCGGCGCUGCCCCCCACAACGGCGACAACAAACCCCCCCAGGCCAUCGUCAAACCCCAGAUCCUCACCCACGUCAUCGAGGGCUUCGUCAUCCAGGAAGGGGCAGAACCGUUCCCGGUGGGACGCUCCUCGUUGCUGGUGGGAAAUCUGAAGAAGAAGUAUGCGCAGGAGCUGCUGGCUGAGAAGCUCCCACAGCAGGACAACACGACCACCACCGACUCCGAGAUGGAGGAGCCCUAUUUGCAAGGUGUCCCUCCGCGCCCUCCAGAAUCCAAAGAAGAGGGGAACCCCCCCAAACUGAAGUGCGAGCUCUGCGGCCGCGUCGACUUCGCCUACAAGUUCAAGCGCUCCAAGCGCUUCUGCUCCAUGGCUUGUGCCAAGAGGUACAACGUGGGCUGCACCAAGCGCGUGGGUUUGUUCCACCCCGAUCGCAGCAAACUGCAGAAACCCGGGGGGCCGCCCCACGGCCGCCGCCGCACCUGCAAGGGGACGUUACCCCCCCUGGGCAAAGACACCAAGAAGCAGCCGCCGGUUUCUCUGCCGCCGGGUUCGGUGCCUCUUUCCGUGACGACGUCGUUACAGCUCAACCACAGCCAAGAGGAUUCCAGCCGCUGCUCCGAUAACUCGAGCUACGAGGAGCCGCUGUCGCCCAUCUCGGCCAGUUCGUCCACGUCCCGCCGGCGCCAGGGCGAGCGGGACCUGGAGCUGCGGGAGAUGGAUCUGCCCGACGUGCACGGCCGCGACCUGGCCGCCAUCGGUCACCGCUUCCUGCCCAGCGAACCCAGCAAGUGGAACGUGGAGGAUGUCUACGAGUUCAUCCGCUCGCUGCCCGGCUGCCAGGAGAUCGCGGAGGAGUUCCGUGCGCAGGAGAUCGACGGGCAGGCGCUGCUGCUGCUCAAGGAGGAUCAUCUCAUGAGCACCAUGAACAUCAAACUGGGGCCGGCCCUCAAGAUCUACGCCCGCAUCAGCAUGCUCAAGGACUCCUAGAGCCGGUGGGGAAGGGGGACACACACACACACGCACACCCCCCCCCCACUCCCACCCCCGUGGGACACCCCAACCCCUCCCCCUUUAGAACCCCCUGCCCAGCGUGGGGGGAGAGAGGGGGUGGGGAGGAGUGGAGGGGAGGCAGUUCUGAGCAGAACCCAGCCCCGGGGUGCCCCCCACUCCCCACCCCGGGGUGUGUACAUAGGCUGUAGCUAUAGUGUCCCCCAAAUGGGGAGGGGGGUCACCCCCCACCCGCCUUCUCCAGUGGGGAGGGGGGAAUCCUCACCUCCCCCUCGUCAUCCCCCCCCACCCCUCAAAGCAGCAGAGUGAAGCAGGACGUUGCCUUAACGUGUGGGCCACCCCCCCACCACCUCAAGCUGGGAUAUGGGGGAGUGUGAGCCCCUGGGAGGAGAAGAGGAGGAGGGGGGUGUCACACACACCCCUCCCCAUGGCAGGGGCUGUUUUGGGGGGCACCUUAGAGGAAUUGUGGGGGGAGGGGGGCAGGUAAGGACACCCCCAGCCCACCCCCCCCAGCAGAGUCUUUUUAAGAAAAGAAAAGGAAAAAAAAAAAAAGGAGCCUCCCCCAGCCGGGGAUUUUUGUUUUGUUUUUAAUAAACACUGAAAAAAAACCACC